AUGUCGACUGCUACGAAAGUCGCCCGUGUCGAGCAAGCAUCGGCUAGCAAGCCUCCAUUCCUCACCGCUGGGCAGAUCACACCCGAAGCCCUACGUGCCUGGGAGAUGGGCUGCAUGCAGUUUUUCUUGCACAAGGAGGUGAAAGACGACGAGAAGGUGAAGAAAGUGGCGUGGGGUAUGCAGGAUCCGAUAGUCCAAGACUGGUAUCUCAACAACCAGGAGGAGUUCGACGCACUUUCAUUCAAAGAUUAUCUUGGCGAGGUGCGCGACUAUUGGCUACCUACUGACUGGUCCGACUCCGUCCGUCGUAAGAUGCUAGCGUCCGUACAAGGCCAACGUCCGUUCAGCGAAUGGGCGGUAGACAUUCAGAGCCAGAACACGCUGUUGCGCGAUACGGCCUCACACCUGGAUGACGUCAACCUCCUGUACCAUCUCGAAUCACACAUGAAUCCCGAACUCGCGGGGGACUACUAUGCGGAGAACAUAGCGGAGACAGAGUUGAGGAAGUGGAUCGAAAAAGUACGUCUUCUUGAUGAAAAACGUCUUCGUUACCUUGCUAGGCAAAAGGAGGCGGUGGAGACCGCUCUUCGCGCUGAAAGGAAUCGCUCUACCGCACACAAGAAUGUGUUGCCGAACGCCAGGACGAAAACGAAUACCUCGCAGACCACUAAGGCCUUUGUACGCCUCCCUCCUCUCUCAGAUAACGAAAGACAGCUUCUCCGCGAUAACGACGGGUGUUUCAAGUGUCGAGAGCCGUUUGCGGGACACACGUCAGCCGUCUGCCCUAAGGGAUUCCCAGACGGCGCGACCUACAAAGCACUAACUUCAGCGACGAUCACUGCAAAGAAGUUCAAGAGGGACGGAAAGGUAGUGGCUGCCGUGGAGAUCAACGAGAGUGGUGAAAGCACGGUGGCUGUGGUGAUGCCUUCCGCAGCAUUGGGGAAUGGUAGUGACUCGGGUGAAGAGUGCGUGGCUCCGUUACAGACUUCACACCUACGAUGGACCUGUCUAGUUGACGGGCCCGCAGUUUCAUCACCUCUGAGCGUUUCCGCACUUAUUGACCAUGGCUCCUCUCUAGUUCUGAUUGGUGAAGACCUUGUCUCACAACUUGGACUCCGUCGGCGCAAAUUAGGAAAGCCAAUAUCGAUAUCUCUCGCUGUCACCAAGAACAAAGAAUGUCUUCUCUUAUCGCAUUAUGUCAAACUUGCCUGCACGUCUCCCGACCAAAUGUAUACCUCUCGCACUGUACGAGCGAUCAUCGCUCCUAAUCUUUGUACCCCUCUCUUACUUGGGGGACCCUUCCUCGCGCAUAAUCGCAUUGUAAUUGAUCACGAGCUACUCUCGGCGUUUGGUCCCGAACUAUAUUGGGCGAAACAGGACGUGGUUCGAGAACUAAAGUCUGUGCUGCCAGAGUUAAAGUCCAUCGUGGACGAUGAGUGCGAAAAGGUAAUGGGUAUUGACGUUGCCGCAGCCGUUACGGCAAGAUUAGAGGGUCUACUCUACCAAGAUGAGUUGAAGGCAAUGGAUUCACGCAUCAAGAACGAAUAUAACGAUCGCUUCCCGUCCGACAUCCCACAUAAUGACCUGAUGCCUGACGACGUAUUAUUUCGCAUUAACCUUAAAGACGCUAAUUGUGUUGUACAGCAACGGUCUUAUGAUUGCCCUAAGAAGUACCGUGCGGCUUGGAAA